CAUCACCGUACUGAUCACGGCAGGCAGCAAAAGUGUGCUGAUCAUCGGCGGCAACAAACCCUGGAACCCAAACCCUUUGGUUUUGGUUGUUUAUGUCAUGCCGUCAUCUUUGCCUGUCGUGUCUGACGAGCGUUUUCUCCGCAACUAUGCCGAGGUGGCGUUCUACGGCGGCAUUCGGGGCAUCCUUCGUCUGCCGUUCGAGCACCCCCUGGACGCCAUGAAGACCUACUGGCAGGCCCAGCCUCAGAUCAGGUCUUUCAGGGACGUGGGAGUCGCCAUAUGGCGCGACAGGGGAGUUGCUGGCUUCUAUGCGGGAGCAGUCCCAAACAGUGUCAGAGUGACCCUCAAGGAGGUGUACAGGUGGGCAGACAGAGGGUGGGAGGGAGGGAGGAAGCGCAAGCAGACAAGAUGGUGCCGUGGUUGUGUUGUGUGUUGUGUGUGGUGAUGUGCAGGUGGCCAUUGAUGAUGUGUCUGCCUCAGCUGUUCACGACCAUUUGGCCUUCGGGACCGCAGGAUCCCGCCCUCAUCAAGACACUCACCGGCUUCUCGCUCGCAAGCGUCGAGUCGUUCAUCAUCUGCCCACUGUAAACCGGACACAUACAAACACACACAGACACACAGAUACACAGACACACAGACACAAGACACAAUCAAAGGAGCUCGAAUCUCUGUUUGUCUGUGUGUGUGGUGUAUGUAUGUGUCAGGGAGCGUCUGAAGGUAGUGUUGAUGACCCGCCCCGCCUCAGUGACGACCCGUCAGACCCUGCAGCACAUCAUCUCGGGCCUCACCGCCCCCGCCUCCCACCAUGGCCUCGACUACCUCUUCCAGGGGCUGGGGGCGGUCUACGCCCGACAGCUCAUCAGCUGGGUGUCCUUUCUCGCCGCUGAUGCCAAGCUCAAGGGGUGGGCGAGGCGGGCCACCCACAAGGACUACCUGGACUUUGGGACACUCAUGGCCGUCGCCACUGGAGGUGAGGGAGGCAGAGAUGGCGUCAUGAUGGUUGAUGCCGGCAUGCAUGUGUUGCAGUUGGGUUGAUCAACACGAUAGCCGUCAUGCCGGCUGACUGCAUCAAGACCAAGCAGCAGCAGUUCGCCCCAUCCACGCGAGCCCAAGCCCCCUCACCACCCCGCCCCUCUGACCCCCACCCCCUCCCCUCUGCUGCCCCCCGCUCCCUGGGCUUCGUGGCGACUGCGCGGCACAUCUAUGCGACGCAGGGCUAUCAGGGGUUUUACGUGGGGUGGCGGGUGCGGUUUCUGCAGUACAUGCUGAACGCUGCCUUUUCGUCUGCCCUGCUGGAGUGGCUGGAGAGACGGUGGAUACUCACACACAGACUGGUGCCCAGACGGAAGGAGGAAGCCGAGUCAGGGGAAGGGGAGGGGGUGACCUGACGUGAUGUGCCGCAGGGUGUGGAAGGGCAGAGCGAGAGCGGGGCUGCGUGGCUGGAGGUGUACAGUGAGUGAUAUCAUGGGUGGCUGGGUGGGAUGUGCUUCUUGUCUUGCUGCUUGGCUUGCCGCUGGCAGUCAGUCUUUCGGUAUUCUUUUUCUGUUGAUUGAAAGACUGAGUUAGUGCCUCCUUCUCUGCUGUCUGUCUGUCUCUAUGGUUGUCUAUCCUCUUGUUGGUUGCGGUCCGUCUGUCAUGCCUUGCCCGCCUUCGACGUGUUAGUAUCGUCUCUUCUGCGAGAUGGUCCUGCAACGUCGACGAGGGGGCGCCAUGGAAGCGGAGCUGCCUGCACGAAAUAAUGAGAGAAGACGGCUCUAUCUGGAAGUGAUCUAUCUUGAUCGGGGAGCGUGUUUCUUCAGCUGCGCGUUCUUGCUGCUUUGCGAUGCAGACCUUGUUGUUGCCUUACUUGCACGGGCCCCACACCUGCACACCGGUCACGCCUGACCUGACCGAUGGCAAGUGUGGGUCCUGUGCGAUCAGGGCGACGUCGAGGUGUGUGUGGCGAAGGAGGGAGGGAGCAGCUGCUGCCUUGGGUGAUGUGUGGGGCGAGCCAUCGACGAUGGGUGAGUGGGGCUCUUGGAGUCUGGCAGCUGUGCAGCGUGGUGUCGUGGGUGUGUUAAGUGUAUAGCUGGCUUGCUGACUGAGUGUAGGCGACACGGACGGACCAGGG